UGCUUACUAGGAAAAAUAACGAACGAAUAUGGCACUACUAAACAGCACACAUUCAGUCAAAACACCGACAUUCAUUUUUUUUGACAGUUCUUUGCCAUUGACUUGUUUAUACGUUUAAAAUGCAGCAUUAGACGACCAAACGACUGAGAGGCAAAACAAAUUAGUGUUUCAUUUGGAUUGUUCGUGUUUUUGAAAGAAAAAUCUCUUUAAAUAAAAUAAAUAUAAUUGAAAGAUGUCUUUAGCCGAUGAGUUGUUAGCAGAUUUAGAAGAAAUCGGCAAUGAUUUCGAUGACGAUGACGAAAUUAAGGUUAAAGAGGAGCCCAUUUACGGUGACGAAGAAGAUAGUCAAGAUGCAAUCGAAAAAAUGGAAAUUGAUGAAUCGGUGUCGUCGAUUCGAUCACUGUGUAAACUUCACGAUUCGGAGCGUUUACGGCGCAUUUUGAAACAAAUCGAUGAGUACACAUCCAAACCAAGAACAUCUAACGAAAUCAUUGGCAAUGUUGAAUCGGAUCCCGAAUACCAAUUGAUUGUUGAAGUUAACACCAUUGCGGUAGAAAUUGACAAUGAAAUUUCAAUUAUCCACAAAUUCACGAAGAAUAAAUACCAAAAGCGAUUUCCUGAAUUGGACUCAUUGAUUGUUGGCGAAAUGGAGUAUUUGAUGGCUGUAAAGGAGCUGGGAAAUGACUUGGAACAGAUUAAAAACAAUGAAAAGUUACAACAAAUCCUAACCCAAGCAACGAUUAUGAUUGUUUCAGUUACCGCUUCAACCACUCAAGGCACACCUUUGACUGAUGAGGAGAAACGACACAUUGAUGAGGCUUGUAACAUGGCUAUCGAUUUGAGCAACUAUAAAACGAAAAUCUUUGAAUACGUUGAGAGUCGCAUGACAUUCAUUGCUCCAAAUCUAUCGAUGAUUGUGGGCGCAUCGACAGCGGCUAAAAUUGUUGGUGUGGCCGGUGGUCUGUUCAAACUAUCCAAGAUUCCGGCUUGCAAUGUGAUUCUGUUGGGAUCACAGAAGAAAACCUUGGCUGGAUUUUCGAGGACACAAAUGUUACCACACACAGGAUUCAUUUACUAUUCAUCAAUCGUCCAAGAUACACCACCAGAUAUGCGGCGAAAAGCGGCUCGUUUAGUAGCGGCAAAAUGUACUCUGGCUGCUCGUGUCGAUGCCAGCCACGAGAGUAUUAACGGUGAGAUUGGACUUCAAUUUAAGGAAGAAAUCGAAAAGAAAUUGGAUAAACUACAAGAGCCGCCACCAGUGAAGUUUGCCAAACCAUUGCCGAAACCGAUUGAGAUUAGCAAGAAAAAGCGUGGUGGCAAACGUGUUCGCAAAAUGAAAGAACGAUACGCAAUGACCGAGUUUCGCAAACAGGCCAAUCGUUUGAACUUUGGAGAUAUCGAAGAAGACGCUUAUCAAGAUGACUUGGGCUACUCACGAGGCACGAUUGGUAAGGCGGGCACGGGGCGAGUUCGCUUGCCACAGGUCGAUGAGAAAACGAAAGUGCGCAUCAGUAAAACAUUGCAGAAAAAUUUACAGAAGCAACAAGUCUAUGGUGGCAACACAACCGUCCGUAAACAGAUUUCUGGAACGGCAUCGAGUGUUGCAUUCACGCCGCUGCAAGGUUUGGAAAUCGUUAAUCCACAAGCAGCUGAAAAAUCAACCGACUCAAAUGCGAAAUACUUUUCGAAUACCUCAGGAUUUUUAUCAGUUGGUAAAAGAACCACUUAGAGAAAACAAUUCGAUGAAUUAUUGGGAAAAAAAAUACCUAAUUUGUGUUCCAUUUGUACACCGAUCGGUAGCAUUUUAUUCUUUUCUUAGUCCAUGAAAUCAUAAUAAUAAAAAGUAAAAUAACACAUUUUAUUCCUA